AGCCAGCCGACCCGCGGCAUCCCGCCUCGUCCCCUCCGCCCCGUCGUGACCCCUUCGUCGUUGGUCUCUCGUCGACAAAAUGCUGCACCUCGGGCUCCCAGCGCUGCUGGCGCUGGCGCUGGUGGGCAGCCUGGUGGGCGCCUUCCCGCGGAAUGCCCUGAAGCAGGGCUGCAGCCUGUCCAAGUACCAGUUCCUCCUGCCCCGGGAGCUGAAGGCUGUGCAGCAGAUGAAGGAGCAGUUUGAGGGCAUCAUGCUGCUGUCGGACCGCAAAUGCAACGCCAGGCUCUUCCACCGCAAGUGGAGCACAGCGGAGCUGUCGGCGCCUGACCGAGUGAUGCUGGUGGAAGCCGAGCUGGACCUCGCCAUCAGCGUGCUGUGCCUCCCCACCACCCCCAGCUUCGCCGAGACGCGCCAGAGGCCCUUGGCCUUCCUCACCCAAGCCCGGGAGGACCUGCGGAGCUGUGUGGCCACAGAGGCUCCUUCACAUCAGCCCUCCAAGAAGCUGAGGCACUGGCUGCAGAAGCUGCAGGCAGCCAAGAGAACAGAGAGUGCCGGCUGCCUGGAGGCUUCCACCAUCCUCCACCUCUUCCAAGUGCUGAACGACCUGCGGUGCGUGGCGCUGCGGGAGGAAUGUGCUUAGCGUGGGGACCAGCAGGGGC